CAUUUCAAUCACGUUGUCUUGGCGAUGAGACGCUUCUUCGUGGGUGGUCCAAUUUGAAUGCGUGUGGUCUUCCUUCCCACCAAAAGAAGCAACAAAGAACUUGAAGACUCUCCGCUUGAGCCUGCGCCUAUGAUGGAGGCAGGACAGUGUGGGUGGUGAGUGACUGCGGUUUAAGUUGUGACGACUUUAUUUUGUACUAGAUAAUGACUGAUUAAGUUAUUAUUUAUGGAAUGGAUAUCUUUUGGCUUUUUGUUUAAGUUUUUAAUUUUGAAAGAAAACUGUUUUACGGCAUUUUAAAUUUCCCUUCAACAAAAACUAGCGUAGAGUUUUUUUAUUGCAGUUUGUUGUGAAUUUUUUUUAUCAUGCGUUCAGAUUUAGUGUUUGUUUUUCUUCUCAUUAUGAAGAGGUUUCCGUUCGUUAGUUCCAGCAAUAGUAGUUCUCGCGAGCUUUGGCUAGAAAAUAACUUGUUUGACUCAAGACAUAGACUCAACGAUAAUAAAGGAAUUCUGAUCAGCUCUUCACCUUAUAUGCGAGAGAGGUUUAAUCAGAGGGACCCAAUUUUACCAUCUGAUGGUAAAGGUAUGCAGUAUUGUCUUCAUGAAGCCACAUGCGAGCAUCUCAACUUUACGGAAUGCUUGGGAGCCAAGUUACCUUACAGAUCUUCAACUCGUCAAUUGCUUGAUGAAGCAUUGACACAGGAACAAAUACAGGAGAGACUGCAGUCAUGGCGAGGGCUCCAGCACAUCCCCAAGUGCUGGGCCGUGGUGCAGCCCGUACUGUGCGCCCUCUACGCGCCCCGUUGCGAGAACGGGAGCGUGUACCUGCCGUCCCAGGAGAUGUGCAAGAUCAGCCUGGGACCGUGCCGCCUGCUGGCGGGCGACGCUCGGUGGCGGUCGCUGCUGCGGUGCGAGGACGCGUCCCUGUUCCCGCCCAUGUGCAAGAAUGACGUGAACGAGCUGAAGUUCAACACGAUGGGGCGCUGUGUGGAGCCGCUUGUCCAGACAGACAAUGCCGCUACCUUCUACGAAGGCGUGGACGGUUGUGGGGUGCAGUGCCACGACCCACUCUUCACAGACGACGAGCGGCGGCAGAUACACACGCUGGUUGCAUGGGCUGCCUCUGUGUGUUUUGGCUUGAACCUCUUCACUGUGGCGACGUUCUUGAUCAACUGGAGGUCUGCCAACAAGUAUCCAGCCGUCGGCAUUUUCUACAUAAAUGGCUGCUUCUUGGUGGCGGGCAUCGGCUGGCUGGCCCAGUUCCUCCCCGGUGCCCGGGAGGACAUAGUGUGUCGCAAAGACCUCACCCUGCGCAUGUCGGAACCCAGCGCCGGAGAGAACCUGUCAUGCGUGGUGGUGUUUGUACUGGUGUACUACUUCGUCGUUGCCGCUAUGGUGUGGUUUGUGAUCCUCGCGUUUGCGUGGCACAGCAGCUUCCAGGCUCUGGGGAAGAUCCAAGAGAGGAUUGACAAGAAAGGAGCGUACUUCCACAUGGUGGCGUGGUCGCUCCCUCUGGUGUUCACCAUAACCACGAUGGCGCUCGGUGAGAUAGACGGGAGCAGCAUGGCCGGCAUCUGCUUCGUGGGGUACCGCAACCACGCGGCCCGGGCGGGUCUCCUGCUGGUUCCUCUGGUCGCCAUGCUCGUCGUUGGAGGGUUCUUCCUCUUGAAAGGGCUGCUGACGCUGGUGAGGCUGAAGGUGACCAGCCAGGAGGUGAUCUCGGAGCACGCCAACGCCAAGAUCCGCGAGACCAUCGUCAGGCUCAGCCUGUUUUCCAUGUUCGCGGUGGUGUUCGUCUUGGCCACGGUGGUGUGCCACGUGUACGAGUUCAGGCACGGCCAGGAGUGGCAGGAGAGCUUCAGGGAACACGUCGUCUGCCGGAUAACCAACAGUGCCUCCCUUGCGCCGGACCCGUGCCGGCUGAGGGCCCGCCCCAGCGUCAUGAUGCUGCAGAUCCACCUGCUGAUGUUCUUCUCCGCGAGCGUCGUCAUGUCGUCCUGGGUGUGGACCGCAGCCACCCUGGCCACUUGGAGGCGGUUCAUCAUCAGGAAGUUCAAAGGCCACGCGGAUGAGCCGGUGAGGCUGAAAAAGCACCGGGUGAUUGCCCAGGCGUUUGCCAAGAGGAAGGCGUUCAACAGCGCCGGUCGGGUGUCCAUCAGCUUCCACAGCACUCACGACGAUCCUCUUGGCCUGAACCUGGACGUGAACAGCGCGGCCUCGCAGGACCUGAGCUCCACUUGGGCCGCGGCGCUGCCCAAACUGUUGACUCGCCGCGGCGCCCUCAUUGGUCCGACCGGGUCUGCCUCCAGCCACUCAGAGAUCAGCCUCAGUGUCCGCAGGGUGUCGGUGGAGUCUCGCCGCCACUCCCUCGACUCACAGGUGUCGGUCCAGAUCGCGGAGGUGACGGCGACGCGCAAGGUGACCGCCACGAAGCCCAUGCCCGGGGUCGGUGGGGCUCGUGCCGGCAGGACGUCGUUCUGCCCCAGGAGGCGGUGCCGGGAGUUCGGCCGCCACCACUCGGGCAGGGUGGCGCCCAUGGCGGGGAAGGGAGGCGGCUUGGAGACCUCCGAGACCCAGCUGGGGGCCCAGAUUCUAAACACUCUUGCUCUAGGAAGUGCCAAUAUUCAGUCGCUGGUCCCAAACUUAAUGAAGAGGAGGUUUGCCACCGCCGGGUUGGACGGUAUGGCAUCCUCGCAGUCGGAACACAGCGAGAGUCAGCCGGAUGAAACACUAAUGCUGGACAGUUUCGCGCAAGUGUUCAACAUGGUGGUGUCGCGCGAAGUGGGCGUCAGCACGGGGAGCCUGCUCGACGACGCGGACGACUGCUGCGAUGCAGGGACCGUGUCCGAGUCGUCCCUCUGCCCCGAGCUGAUGCGCUUGGCUGCCCCACCGUCGCGCUCCAGCGUCUCCUCGGGGUCCCGGUGGCAGAGCGGCGCCAGGAGACCGAACUGGGACCCCCCGGAGGCCCACCGCACCAGCUGCGACGUGGGGACGCAAGUCGACAGGUGCGAGAUCGGCCCGGAGGUGAGCCCUGGCAGAUGUAAGAUGUUGUGUCGUUCUCGAGAGAUUGGCACGCAGACCCCGUCGUCUGUCAGGGACUCUGGAGUCACCCCACCCUCCCCUGCAAGCCAGAGCCUCUGUGUGUGCAACCCGGAUGCAGACGGAGUUCGUGGGGCUGCCGCGGCGUGCCUGAACCGCAGCUAUGGUUCAGCUCCCCGUGAAGGAGAGGCGCACGAGCUGGACCAACCAGCAAGGCCGAAACGGAGAAGAGAUUCAGAUCGCAGUAGAAGUGUAGAGAGUGCAACGCCUCUGCAUCGCAGAACAUCAGUUUCUGUUAUGUGACUCAUUCAUUAUAUUCUGCUCUGUGAGUGGGUGCCAUCUUUCUUUACUAUAAGUUUUUUUAUUAUCAUUGUGUAUUAAGUUCUUUUUUAGAAGCCAGGGUGAUGCAUGUAAAUGAGAAGAAACUCUAAGUGAAAAGUUACAUCAACUUGACUAAUCAAAAUGCAAUUAGGUCAGAAUCAACCUGAAGAAUAAUUUUCAUUAGCAGUUGUUAGUUGUUAGUGACAAGAUUUUAUGGUUUUGUUUAGGUCAGUUUUGUUUUUAAAACAAGAGAUUUCAGGGUUUUUAUUUUUAUACUAUUUCUUUAUUUAAAAAAAGUUUUAUUAUUCAAUAAAUAUGUAACUCAAAUCUUUCUUAGUGUGUACAUAUAUUAAGAAAAUCUCAUUUGACUGACGACUCGUGAUUCACUUAUACGUACAAUGAAAUAAACAUAGAAUUAAAUCUAGAAUUGAACCACUCAGAAAGAAAAAAAUUAAACCAGCAAAUUUAUAAGUAAUGCAAUAUCAAACAUUGUAUUUUUUUUUUUAUUCAAUCAAUUUAGUUUCUAUAUUUUUGUACAAAAUUCAUGCUAAAUAAAUUACAUUUAAUGUUUUUAUAAUAAAAGCUUUGAUUAUUGUAAUUUGAGUAAAAAAAUUUCAAAUUACUGAUUGAUUUCAUGUUUUUAGUAGGGAUGGGAAAACCGAUUCCUAAUUUCAUCGAUACCUACCAAUUCUACUUUAAUAAUCGAUAAUCGAGAAUCGGUGAUAAAAGUCUAUUCCCGCAUGUAGCAAAAGAAAAAUCAUUUCAGAACACUGCAAAUCUGUCAGAUACAAAUAUUUAACACAAGUCAAAGUACAAAAAUUAUCACUGCGUAUUAGUAGGGGCCUGUUCUUUUCGCGAUUAAACGAUGUUAAACGCGAAAUCACAGUAAAAUACAGUUUUUACGCGAAAUCGCCAAAACACAGCGUUUUUACACAAAAUUUAGUAUUUAAACGCGAAAUCGCAGUGUUUUUACGCGAAAUUUAAAUACUGGGUAAAAGACUUGUCUCGUCACUGGUAAACAAACACCGCAACAUGGCCGCCACUGAACAUUAAUCAUAAAUGCACUAAAGCAAACAAAAGCUUACACACGCUCACGUUAUAAUGUUAAACCCUAAAAUAUACUGUAAAAAUACGCAAAACUACAGCAUUUAUUUUCCUUUCCGGCAUAAUGUUUGGAUAGAUAAGACAAACAGGCGAAGAUUUAAAGCCUACGCACAACUGCUUGGGGCACUGACGUCAGCUUGGAACAGCGACACCGGAUAAAUACAAAAGCAAGCAGAUGAUUGGGCGAACGGUGGCGAACGUGUUUGGAACAGCCUUACGUGAGUGGCCAUACCACGUCAGCCGGGGGCGCUGGCAUAUAGUUGGAACAGCGUCGUAGUAUCAAGCUGAUUAUCGGGCGAACCAGGUACCAGGCUUUGGAAACUUUUAUAAGGGGACCUUGGGAACUAUCUUUACUUCGUCACCCAGCCGUACGGGGCAGCACAAGCAUUUUAAAUCGCGCCAAAAAGCGGGAAAAUGUAAACAAACAUUCAUUUUCGAAUGGUGUGACGAUGAUGAUUAGUUGGUCAACAGUGUUUUAUAGAUUUUGUUGGGUCGUUACCACAACGCAGAAAUACCAUAACGCCGAAUGUCAAAAUUGACUACAAUGCCGAAAUAACAACGAAUGAAUUUGUGUGUGUUUCUUAAAUGUAACUUAACGCAGAAAUACCACAAUCAAGUACAACACUUUCAUUUGCUAGUUCUCUAGUUGUUGCUUAAUUUUGUUACUGUUUCAUUUCACAAAUUUUUUAGUUAAUUUGUACCCUUCUGUAAGUUAGGCAAGUUGUAUGAACGAAAAUAACUUAUGCUGCUCAAGGAAAGCCUCAAAUAUUUUUUUUAUAGUUUAUUAUGUAUUACAAAACAAAUUUUAGAUUAGUUUGACCCCUUUGACAUAUGAGCCAUUAACUUCUAAUGAUGUAAACAUUUAUAUGAGUUAAUGUUAAUAACUUAGUUGUGUACUCAAAUUUGAUAAAUAUGAAUUUAUGAUGUAGGCUACAUCAUAUAUGUAUUGAAAGCUGGAAAAAAAAAAUGUUGCAAAUAGAAUUUGAAUUAUUUAAUAUUAAGUUAACUAGGCGAGUAUCGAGUAUCGAGAAUCGAAGGAUUUUUUAAGGAAUCGCUAAUCGGGUAUCGGAAUCGAAAAUUUUGGAAUCGUCCCAUCCCUAGUUUUUAGUCGCAUUUUCGUCUAUUAAUUAGCUUUUUGGUGUCACAUGGUGUAUUGACAUUCUUUGUCGUGUUAUUUCAGUUUUAUCACAACUCACCAUAUAAUCUUGUACCUAGCAAUUGUCUGUUGCAUUACUUUAGCUUUUUUUUAUUGUUAAUAUAAGGUAUGUAGUAAGAAUAAAAUAAUGUUGCAAUUAGUGAUGUCAAAUCUAGUUCUGCUGUACUCAUAGCCUCUUAAAAUAGUUUUGAAAGUACAGAACUUAAGUCAAAGCAUGGAAUAGUUGAGGUGAAGACUGGGCCAAAGUUGAGAUUGUUUCACAUCCAUUACAUUUUUAUGAAUACAUAAAAUAAAUUGGAUGUUCAAGCGAAUAAAGGACAAGUGUUAUUUCUGGUAUUUACGAGUAUUAAAAAUGUUUUAUGAUCUGGUAUUGCUCAUUAAAUAUUUAACAUUAUAAAUCAAACAAAUAAUUCAGCAAUAAGCUUGCAUCAAAUAGCAUAUUUUAUAUUAAAAAAAAAGGGGGGGGGGGGGUUUGUGUUUGUGUGUUUAAAAUAAAUUAUGAAAGUUAUGAAUAAUUUCAAUCAUUACUCAGGAAAAAUUUUAAAUUCUAGAGCAUUUGCUUCUCUGUCAUCUGUAUGACUUGCAAUACUAGUGUGAGAGAUACUAAUUUGUCAACAAAGAGGUACAAUUAAAAAUAUACUAUAACUAAUUAUAAUUAUAGAUAGUGUACAAAAUAAGAAUUUUAAUGUUAAUAAGCCAGGUAUCUUCAAUCUGACAAGAGUGGGUGCCAUUUUAUCUGUACUGCAAUCUGAGCCUUACCAGGAUCUUUUAACUUGAGUUUCGCACCCUCUACAUGAUGUUUUUGGUGGGAGAUAAAAUAAUUUAGCCCUGGUUUCUAAAAAAAAUAAACAUUUAUUUUAAAACAACCAAAUGUGUUAAAUGACAACUUAAUCUUUAAAUUUUCCAGAUUACUAUUUAAAUAAUUGGUCAUUAUUUUUGCCAGUCCUUCACAACUCUAAGGAAAACUUAAAGUGUCAAAAUCUGAACAGUCGUAGAAAUUACCCUUAAGGCUUAAACCGAUACAAGAAAUAACUUUGAUUACACAUCCUCUAGAAAGUUAGUCUCUGAGGGACUUACAACUAACUGGUUACAUGCUGAUCUAUGACUUCGCUAAAAGAAAUUCCCUCUAUGACUCCUGUUCUCUACCGCAGUGACCUUAAACUUUACUUUUAUGACAUCCUAACCACGAACUACCUCAUUACCUAGGAGACCUCUCCACAAUGCAGCCUAUCGCUUAUAUUUUAUAUCUUUGCAACACAUACUUGUUACCUGUAGGUUUUGUCAAGAGAAUGGUAAAAUCACAAGUAAAUCCUGUACAAUUACUUUUUAACUUAAAACACCUUAACCAUAUUUUCAUAUUUAUUAUGUACUGAGAAUGUUUUGCACCCAAAUUCAUGCAACCUGAUUGAAUUAUGUUUACAUAUGCAUUGCAUCUUUGCCAGGUUCCCUGUGUUUCUUGGUUGUGUAAAAUUAUAGUAAUAUGUAGGUUAUAGUUAUUUAUAAAUGUUAGUUUUGCAUGUUUGGUAUUUAUCUAUUAACACUAUUUAUCUGUUAUUUGUGAUAAAAUACUGCUUUGAAUUCCAUUUUGAGAACCAUUUUUCUUUUAUAUAAUUGAUUUGAAAUUAAAAUUAAUUAUUGUUAAAUGUGAAAUAUGUACUUAUGUACAUGAAUAAUCAUUUUUUUUCUUAAAACUAUUCUUGGAGAAUAAAGGCUGAACAGCAUUAUUGAAACAAAAUAAAAUUCUUCCAUUACAAAUAUAUUUAUGUGAACAAAGCGAGAUGCCUCUGACUGUGAACAAAGUACUGUACCAAAUUAAUCUGUUAAAAUAUUGGCUUGCAUGACUCAAGUUAAUUCCAAAAUAAGUUUUGAAGGCAAGAAACCAACUUGCUUCAUGGGGUUUUCACUGUUUUUUGAAAGAAAGAUCGGUACUGGUAUGAUCUACAAACUUUCUGAUCGGCACAGCUUUAGUAAAAACCUCUCGAAAAAUUUCAAGCAUAAGUAAUUAACAAAAUACAGCACUUGAUUUAUUGACUAUAGGAAUGAGUCUAAAUUUCUAUGUACACUACCCUUCGAAGUAAUGCUCUAAUUCGUUCCAGGAAAACAAAGCACCAGCCAAAUACAUAUGUUUUUUUCCACAAGAGUUCAUGCUAAUGAGAAUAAUUCAUUUUUCAAUCAGGUAAGUGUGCCUGCUGACUACCAUUUUAAUCAAGACAUUGCUCCCGUUAAUAUAAUUUACAGUACAACUAUGUCUGAAUACAUUUACAUUUUGAGAUUAAACAACAUAAAAUUAAAUUUUAAAAAUUCACGUACAUUGUUUGCAUAACAGGGCUUGGGCCUAGCAUCCUUAAGUAGGUGUGAACAACAUUUUUGAGUUACAUAAUAAUGUUAUUAAUAUAGGAUAUAUAUUUUGAUUUUAAAAAGAGUUUAUAAAAAAAAAUAUUUAACAUUAUCUAUUAUUAUUAGAAAGAAUAUUUAAUCUGUUAACAUAAUUCACAACACUUGUUUACUAAGCGUGUGUGCAUUAUUUGCCACUAGCACAUGCUAGUAGGCACGAGGUAAAGGAACGGGGCGUAGUUGGAGAUAGAUACGAGGGGGGCCAAAAAAAACUGGA